GACAGAGGACGCCACUACAGACGACCACGGCUACAGAGGACGCCACUACAGACGACCACGGCGACAGAAGACGCCACUACAGACGACCACGGGGACAGAGGACGCCACUACAGACGACCACGGGGACAGAGGACGCCACUACAGACGACCACGGUGACAGAAGACGCCACUACAGACGACCACGGGGACAGAGGACGCCACUACAGACGACCACGGCUACAGAGGACGCCACUACAGACGACCACGGCGACAGAAGACGCCACUACAGACGACCACGUCGACAGAGGACGCCUCUACAGACGACCACGGCAACAGAGGACGCCACUACAGACGACCACGGCGACAGAAGACGCCACUACAGACGACCACGGGGACAGAGGACGCCACUACAGACGACCACGGCGACAGAGGACGCCACUACAGACGACCACGUCGACAGAGGACGCCUCUACAGACGACCACGGCAACAGAGGACGCCACUACAGACGACCACGGCGACAGAAGACGCCACUACAGACGACCACGGGGACAGAGGACGCCACUACAGACGACCACGGCACCAGAGGACGCCACUACAGACGACCACGGGGACAGAGGACGCCACUACAGACGACCACGUCGACAGAGGACGCCACUACAGACGACCACGGCAACAGAGGACGCCACUACAGACGACCACAGUGACAGAAGACACCACUACAGACGACCACGGCGACAGAGGACGCCACUACAGACGACCACGUCGACAGAGGACGCCACUACAGACAACCACGGCUACAGAGGACGCCACUACAGACAACCACAGCGACAGAGGACGCCACUACAGACGACCACGGCGACAGAGGACGCCACUACAGACGACCACGUCGACAGAGGACGCCACUACAGACAACCACGGCUACAGAGGACGCCACUACAGACAACCACAGCGACAGAGGACGCCACUACAGACGACCACGGGGACAGAGGACGCCACUACAGACGACCAAGUCGACAGAGGACGCCACUACAGACGACCACGGCUACAGAGGACGCCACUACAGACAACCACGGCUACAGAGGACGCCACUACAGACGACCACGGGGACAGAAGACGCCACUACAGACGACCACGUCGACAGAGGACGCCACUACAGACAACCACGGCUACAGAGGACGCCACUACAGACAACCACGGCUACAGAGGACGCCACUACAGACGACCACGGCUACAGAGGACGCCACUACAGACGACCACGGUGACAGAGGACGCCACUACAGACGACCACGUUGACAGAAGACGCCACUACAGACGACCACGUCGACAGAGGACGCCUCUACAGACGACCACGGUGACAGAGGACGCCACUACAGACGACCACGUCGACAGAGGACGCCACUACAGACGACCACGGGGACAGAGGACGCCACUACAGACGACCACGUCGACAGAGGACGCCACUACAGACGACCACGUCGACAGAGGACGCCACUACAGACGACCACGUCGACAGAGGACGCCACUACAGACGACCACGUCGACGACAGAGACGCCACUAGAGACGACCACAGUGACAGAAGACACCACUACAGACGACCACGGCGACAGAGGACGCCACUACAGACGACCACGUGACAGAAGACACCACUACAGACGACCACGGCGACAGAGGACGCCACUACAGACGACCACAGUGACAGAAGACACCACUACAGACGACCACGGCGACAGAGGACGCCACUACAGACGACCACGUCGACAGAGGACGCCACUACAGACAACCACGGCUACAGAGGACGCCACUACAGACAACCACAGCGACAGAGGACGCCACUACAGACGACCACGGGGACAGAGGACGCCACUACAGACGACCAAGUCGACAGAGGACGCCACUACAGACGACCACGGCUACAGAGGACGCCACUACAGACAACCACGGCUACAGAGGACGCCACUACAGACGACCACGGGGACAGAAGACGCCACUACAGACGACCACGUCGACAGAGGACGCCACUACAGACAACCACGGCUACAGAGGACGACACUACAGACGACCACGACGACCACGUCGACAGAGGACGCCACUACAGACGACCACGGGGACAGAGGACGCCACUACAGACGACCACGUCGACAGAGGACGCCACUACAGACGACCACGUCGACAGAGGACGCCACUACAGACGACCACGUCGACAGAGGACGCCACUACAGACGACCACGUCGACAGAGGACGCCACUAGAGACGACCACGUCGACAGAGGACGCCACUACAGACGACCACGUCGACAGAGGACGCCACUACAGACGACCACGUCGACAGAGGACGCCACUACAGACGACCACGGCAACAGAGGACGCCACUACAGACGACCACAGUGUGACAGAAGACACCACUACAGACGACCACGGCUACAGAGGACGCCACUACAGACGACCACGUCGACAGAGGACGCCACUACAGACGACCACGUCGACAGAGGACGCCACUACAGACGACCACGUCGACAGAGGACGCCACUACAGACGACCACGGCUACAGAGGACGCCACUACAAACGACCAUGUUGACAGAGGACGCCACUACAGACGACCAUGGCGACAGAGGACGCCACUACAGACGACCACAGCGACAGAGGACGCCACUACAGACGACCAUGGCGACAGAGGACGCCACUACAGACAACCACGGCAACAGAGGACGCCUCUACAGACGACCACGGCGACAGAGGACGCCACUACAGACGACCACGGUGAUAGAGGACGCCACUACAGACGACCACGAGGACGCCACACAGACAACCACGGUGACAGAAGACGCCUCUACAGACGACCACGUUGACAGAAGACGCCACUACAGACAACCACGGCGACAGAGGACGCCACUACAGACGACCACGGUGACAGAAGACGCCACUACAGACGACCACGGCGACAGAGGACGCCACUACAGACAACCACGGCGACAGAGGACGCCUCUACAGACGACCACGGCGACAGAGGACGCCACUACAGACGACCACGACGACCACGGCGAUAGAGGACGCCACUACAGACGACCACGGCGACAGAAGACGCCACUACAGACAACCACGGCGACAGAAGACGCCACUACGGACGACCACGGUGACAGAGGACGCCACUACAGACGACCACGGCAACAGACGACCACGGCGAUAGAGGACGCCACUACAGGCGACCACGAGGACGCCACUACAGACGACCACGGUGACAGAAGACGCCACUACAGACGACCACGGCGACAGAGGACGCCACUACAGACGACCACGGUGACAGAGGACGCCACUACAGACGACCACGGUGACAGAAGACGCCACUACAGACGACCACGGCGACAGAGGACGCCACUACAGACGACCACGGCGACAGAAGACGCCACUACAGACGACCACGGCAACAGAGGACGCCACUACAGACGACCACGACUGUCAAAGGAGGAGGAGAGAAAAAAGGAAAAAGGACAAGAGAUAAAAAUACGACAUGGAAACAAACGGGAGGAGAGCGGCGAGCGGCGGGAGGAGAGCGGCGAGCGGCGAGCGGCGGGAGGAGAGCGGCGAGCGGCGAGCGGCGGGAGGAGAGCGGCGGGAGGAGAGCGGCGAGCGGCGGGAGGAGAGCGGCGGGAGGAGAGCGGCGAGAAUGGAUCGUCUGGUUAA